CAAGGGGUGGGGCUGACGCUGCAGCUGGCGCAGCUCAGACUCAGAGCCGCCAGCAGCUCCUUCCCCUGCCCGCACGCGCGCCCGGGCCGGGGCUAGGCCCCCCACGCCGGGUCCCCCGGGGCUGCAGCAGCAGCGGCGCCGCCCAGGGCUCCCGCCGGAGCCCGGGCGCAGGCCCCGCUCUGCAGGAUGGGCACGGUGCUGUCGCUGUCCCCUGCCUCCUCGGCCAAGGGCCGGAGGCCCGGCGGGCUGCCGGAGGAGAAGAAGAAGGCGCCGCCCGCGGGGGACGAGGCGCUGGGGGGCUACGGGGCCCCGUCAGCAGGCAAGAGCGGCAAAGGCGAGAGCCGGCUCAAGCGGCCGUCCGUGCUCAUCUCGGCGCUCACCUGGAAGCGCCUAGUGGCGGCGUCCGCCAAGAAGAAAAAAGGCAGCAAGAAGGUGACGCCCAAGCCGGCGUCCACCGGCCCCGACCCUCUGGUCCAGCAGCGCAACCGCGAGAACCUUCUCCGCAAGGGCCGAGACGCCCCCGACGGCGGCGGUGCGGCCAAGCCCCUGGCGGUGCCGGUGCCCACUGUGCCCGCGGCCGCGCCGCAAGCGGCGCCACCCGUGCCCGGAGGGUCGCCGCGCCGGGUCAUCGUGCAGGCGUCCACCGGCGAGCUGCUGCGCUGCCUGGGCGACUUCGUGUGCCGACGCUGCUACCGCCUCAAGGAGCUGAGCCCCGGCGAGCUGGUGGGCUGGUUCCGCGGCGUGGACCGCUCGCUGCUGCUGCAGGGCUGGCAAGACCAGGCCUUCAUCACGCCCGCCAACCUGGUGUUCGUGUACCUGCUAUGCCGCGAGUCGCUGCGCGGGGACGAGCUGGCGUCGGCGGCCGAGCUGCAGGCCGCCUUCCUCACCUGCCUCUACCUCGCCUACUCCUACAUGGGCAACGAGAUCUCCUACCCGCUCAAGCCCUUCCUCGUGGAGCCCGACAAGGAGCGCUUCUGGCAGCGCUGCCUGCGCCUCAUCCAGCGGCUCAGCCCGCAGAUGCUGCGGCUCAACGCAGACCCCCACUUCUUCACCCAAGUCUUUCAAGACCUCAAGAACGAGGGCGAGGCCGCCGCCGCCGGUGCCGGGGGUCCACCCAACGGGGGCGCGCCAGCCGCCGCCGCCUCGGUCGCCAGGGACAGCUGCGCGGCCGCAGCCAAGCACUGGACUAUGAACCUGGACCGCUAGGGCUACCCGGGGGCCGCGCCCGCCCGCCGCCCCAGCCCCCGACACAGACUCGGAACCUCCCGGGACCCUCGAGCCGCCACCGCCGCUGUUACCGCCGCCCCGAGCACGGGCUGGGCCGAGGAGGAGCGGGGAAGGUGGAGGCCCGGACGCUGGAGCAGGCCCUGGUGUUCGGAUUUUCUGGGCGUGGGGUGGGGAUGGGGGGCGAGUGUUGGAAGGGCACUCCCAACGUCACCCUUUCCGUCUGUCUGUCUGUGUCGCCGUCUCUCCGUUUCUGCUCGGAUCUUCCCUUCCCUGCCGUGCGUGUCUGUCCUUCCAUCUUCCCUGGGUUUGUCCAUUUCCUCGCCCACUCGCUGCAUCUUCAUCUUUCCUGCUGUCCGUAUCUCCCCCUCUGCCUUUCCAUUUACCUCACUGUAGCCCGUUUCUCUUCCUGCACCUGUGUCCCCGACUUCCCUUUCAUUCUCAGUUUCCUUCUACCAUGUGUCACCAUCUUCCUCCUGUCUGCCUCCUCCCUCUGCUAGUGUCAUCCUGUAUUUCUUCCCUUGACUGAGUCCCCGUAUGACCCUCUCCAGAUCAAUGGGACCGUUAGAUUUUAAUUCGGAUCGACUGAGGUGCAACUAGAAACUGCAGUCCCGGGGGCCCAAACAAGCACCGGGAUGGUCCCUCGCCACACCCCACUGCCUCUCCCUACCUUUUCUAACGUGUUGCAUGCCGGGAGUUGGGGGGGAAGGGGCUGCCGGCUUCAUUCUAGAGGCUGAGAUUUGGGGGGCAGAAUCAAUCUGGGAGACCACCCCGGUGGCGGCGGCGCUUCAGUGGACGGGUGGGAAGUGAAAGAAAACUUAUUCUGGGGGAGGGGCGUCUCUCUUCCUUAUCCUUAAGUUCUCGUUGUUCCCCCACCCCUUUUAAUUUAUUUUGCUGUUUCCUGAGGGAGGGGGGAGGGCGGGGUUGGGUUGGGAACUGUCCGAGGUGCUGAGCUGGAGCGGGACCGGAAUCCUCCCGGGAGAGUACCAGGGACUGGGUUGGGCCCGGGCCGUGUCCAAGGUGCCAAUGAUGCGGGCCGACGGCGCGGGCCGCACUGUCUGUCUGUCCGUCUGUCCCGGAGAACUAUAAAGCGCUGGAAGCGCCUACAGAUGGU